UCGCUACUGCUGCACGCCGUGGCCUCCCUCUCGUCUUCUAAUGGAGUCUUCUUCCUUCGGAAAGUUCUUUUACUUCUCGUAUUUUGCGGUCGGGUCAUUCCUUGCGAAACGUCUCUUGGACCAAGUCGGCAGCGUGCCGCUGCACCUUCUCUAUUCCACCGUCGAGGUCCAAUCGCACGAUGAUGCGUACAAGUACCUUCUAUUUUGGUUAGCGAAGCAGCGGUUCGAUGAAAAUAAGAACCGCCUCAUUGCAAGCACAUCCCUCAGUGGUGGCCUAGAUUACUCCAGCGAGUCCGACGAUGGUGAGUUUGACGACAUAUUGGAUGCCGAAGCGUCUCCAGACACCGGAUGGAAGGCCUCGUUGGCGAAUACACGUCGGCUGUUGUGGUCGCCCUCGGAAGGCACCCACUAUUUCAGGUAUGACGGCCGAUUGCUGGGUCUCACCCGGCAGAUCGAGGAUCGCGGCACCAUGUUCUACAAGCGCACCGACAGACUGUGCAUAUCGUGUCUUGGAUGGGACGCAUCGAUUUUGAAGCAACUGAUGUUGGAAGCUCGCGUGGAAUACUCGCAGAAGGAAAAGGGCAAGACUGUGAUUUAUCGCGGCGCCAAGAGAGCCUACGACAACGACUUCUAUUGGGCCCGUUCGACAGCGCGUCCAGCCAGGCCAUUGUCCACCGUGAUCUUCGACCACGAAGACAAGACCGCAUUCAUCCGAGACGUCCAGAAGUACCUCCAUCCCCAUACCAUGCGAUGGUACAGCGAUCGAGGCAUCCCCUAUCGACGAGGCUACCUGUUUUACGGUCCACCGGGCACGGGCAAGGUUUCUGGGCUGAACGUGUAUAUUCUAGACCUGAAUGCCACCCAGCUGACCGAAGAUGCGCUGGCACAGUUGUUCCAAGGUUUGCCCCGCCGAUGCCUGGUGCUACUCGAAGACAUCGACACCAAUGGAGUGACCAGUCGACGCCCGGAUAACUCCAAACAAAGGCAAAAGAGGAACAAUAGGAUCUCACUAUCUGCCUUGCUCAAUACAAUCGAUGGCGUGGCAGCGCAGGAAGGCCGCGUGCUCGUCAUGACUACAAAUCACCCGGAGAAUCUGGAUCCGGCCCUCAUUCGGCCGGGUCGUGUGGAUUAUCAGAUUGAGUUCAAGCUGGCCAACCGCAACCUGAUGAUGCAGAUGUUUCAAAACCUCUUCAGAGAUGGCCCUUCCGAGCAUUGAUUCACAUCUUCAAGACAACAAGGCUGAUGCGCUUCAAUCUUUGACGGCUGAAAAGGUCCCUUCCUUCCUGGCCGCGGACCACACCAGGAGUCUUCCUAAGACCCAUGAAGUGGACAUAAAGCAGCUGGCCGCCACUUUUACCAAGAAGAUUCCUGAGUUCACUUUCUCUCCAGCGGAAAUCCAAGGCUACCUGUUGUGUCACAUAAAUUCCCCAUUAGACGCCAUUGCGCACGUCGAGUCGUGGGUGGAGAAGACACUGGGUGAGAAAAAAAAGAAGGAUGCGAAAAUUGAGUCGCAGGAGGAAGACAAGGGCAUCAGGAAUGACGAGGUUGAGAUGAGUAAGAAGGGGAAGCAGAGCAAGACAGAAAAGGCGAAUAAGGAUGGCAACAGUGAAGAGAAGGAGGAGGGAUUCUCCAGUCCAACCAAGUCUGACAAAGAAUCAUUUGAUGAGGAGGUCAAACAACCCACUGGACUGUAUUAAUAAAGAAGACC